AGUUGCUACUUAUAUUAGUAAUUAAACAUAUAAACAACAGUAAUUAAAAGUGAUUUUACCAAACACAGAUAUUAAUUAGCUAUCAACAAUAGCUUAACUAAACAUACCCUUAGAGAUAAUUUUACAUAUUAUGUUAUAAUGAAAGUAUGAAUUUUAAAAUGAUGAUGAAUAAUAUGCCAAAAAUUUGGAAAUAAAGAGGAGAAAUACCACUGGAGGGAUACAUUUGGUUCAGGCGAUACACUUCCUCAGCUCUUUAUGGUCUGUAUUUUAAUCUUAAGAGAAGGAAAUUAAAAAUAAUAAAAAAAAAGAAAAGCUGCUAAAAUAAUCAUAUAGAAAUACCACUCAUAUUCUUUUUAAUUACAAAAAUAGGCCUUUCGUCUUCUUCAUAGUGUUUAGGCGGGAAGAGUUAGUUAUGCAUCGGAGACACUUCUCUCUCCAUCUCAGUCUAUAUGUAUUAUGUUACUCUAUUGGAAGCAAAAGCCAAAACAAAACAAAAUCAAGGAAACCCCAUUUCAAGAAAAUCUUUCUUUCUCAUGUGUCAACAACUACUCUCUCUUUUCCUCCUCCUCCUCCUCCGUACUACCAGCACCGCCACCCUCACUCCAGCCCUUUCCCCCACCGCUACUCCUCUCCCACCACCCAACACCACUACCACCACCAUUCCUUUACUGCCACUAGCGCCACCCCCAAAAUUCCACCGGCAACAGCAGCUCAACAACAUAAUUGAUGCACUAAUCGGCGCAGGAGAUUUCAACAGCUGGGUGAACAUUCUCUCCGUUGCAGACGCAGCAACUCUCCCUCUCUCCGCCACCCUUUUCAUUCCCGCCGAUGACUCUCCAUCUCCAAUCGCCACCACCAUCACCAUUGACCCUUUCAUUUUCCCUUACCAUAUUGUCCCUCAACGCCUCUCUUUCUCUGAUCUUUGUCAAUUCAAUCUGUCUUCUCGCCUUCCUACAUUACUCUCCUUCAAGUCCAUACUCAUUACUAAUAAUUCGAUCUCCAACUUUACCCUUGAUGACUCUCUUCUUUCUCAUCCUGAUCUUUUUAGUAGUGAUACUAUUGCUGUUCAUGGCAUUGCUACUCUUCUUGAUUACUCUGUCUAUGGUGAUGCUUACCCUAAACCUUCUCAGCCUGAAGUCUUGGCUAGGCCACCGCCUGGUAUGUUUGUGCCUAAGGGGGAGUUGAUUAGCGAUCACAAUGAAUCUAAUACUGCUAAUUGCUUGUGCGUUGAGAUUUCUUGGACUGUUUCCUUGGUGGUGUUUUGUGCUUUUUUAGUGCCAAAGAUUCAAAUAAUCAAUCUUGAUUGUUGAUGCUGAUGGUGAAUCUUGGAUGGGUUUUUUGCUUUUCUGGUGUUUUGUGCUGUUUUUGUGUCAAAGAUUGAGUCUCCGACAUUGAUGGGUCUUAGUAGAAAAUCAAGGUUGAGAUGAUGGUGAUGGUGAAUCUUGGAUGGGUAUUUUGUUUCCUUGGAUUAGGCCAUAUCAUCUUGUAUUAGAGCACCCUUUGUUGUAAAUUCUUUUUUGGUUGUACUUAAAAAUUUUCAGAUUAAUUCCACUAUCAGUUUCUGUUCAUAAACAUUUUGUAUUGCCUUAGGUUUACUGAUGUGCAAUCAGGAAAUAAUAUUCUUGUUGUUAA